UUCGAAUGUUGUGGUGUAGAUGGAUCAGAUGAUUUGCGUGUGUGGCGUGCUUCCAAAUGGUAUAUGCAUCAGAAGGCUGUGCCCAAGAGUGUUCUACCUGCUUCAUGCUGCGUUCCGGGAAAGGAGGAUGAGUGCCGUUUUGGUGACAUGAAAGCACCGAACAAAACAACCACCUAUACAGCUACCUGCUACAUGCCCCUAAGGACGGAUCUGCUCUAUGUAGUAAAUGUCGCUGCUUGGAUGUCCAUUGCAGGCAGUGUGGCUCAGUUGAUACCGGCAAUACUCAGCUCAUUUUAUGCCAGAUUAAUCAAGAAAUGA